GCAGGCCCCGCUGGGCGCGCGGCCCGCAGUCUCCGCACGUCGGCCUCCGCCCGUCCGCCCCGCCCCGGCGCGCAUUUCCAUUUUAAACCGCCGCCCGCCCGCCCCUCGACCGACCGCGGCCGGCGCAGCUACUCGCGCGCCCCGGAGCCUCGGGAGAGGCGGAGGCUGCCGGACCGCCGAGCUGUGCUGCAAAAGGCCCUGGGAUGCGCUUGGGCCCGGAGCACUAGACAAUGAAGCCGCGGGCGCUGCCGCCCGCCGCGGGCUCUGCGCACCCAGGCCGCACCUGCCGGCGAGGCGGGUUCCGUGCCUGAGAGCCCGCCUGGCCCCCCAUGGCUCGGCUCCCCAGGCGCGGACCCCGGCAGUCGGGCCGCGUGGCACGCGGACGGGCAGACUCCAGGGGCGCUGUUCCCGCAGCUUGAGCUCGGGCCUCGUUGCGCGCGGGGGGCGUGGGCGCCGCUCCCUGCCCGCUCGGGCUCUGCACCUGGCCAGCUCUGCGCCCGAGGCGCGCGUCCCAGCCGCCGGUGGCGCUGGAUGCAGCCCGGCCUCAGAGGGCGGCGCGGCGGCCGCGGCCCCUGGGGACAUGUACCUGCUGGACGGCAGCGGCGAACCCGCGUCUUCUCCCGCGGACGCGAUGUCGCGCGGGACGCCCCCCAGGAAGACCGUCUACCGCAUCUCGGUGACCAUGGUCAGGAAGGAGCAGCUGGCCGCUCCGGCUCCACGUCCUACUCGGCGGCCUCGGGCCGCGCGCUCCCCGGAGGCGCCCGGGAGGCUGGAUGAGGAGGCGGAGGAGGCGGCGGCUGAGGAUCCUGAGAUCGGGCCGCGCGCCUGGGACUUCCGUGCCUUUCGCACACGCAGCACCGGGCAGCUGGAGCUCGGGCGGCUGCGGCCGUGCGCACGCGGUGCGGAGCCCGGGGACCUGCUGGGCAGCCCCACGGCUGAGGGGCCCAGCAGUCCUGAUGGGGAAGAGGCGCGGGCAGCGCCCCUGCGGCGGAGCCUCAGCUUUAGGCACUGGAGCGAGCCCGAGGCUCCGCGGAGCCCUGCGCUGAGCGGCGGGAGGCGCCACAGCAGCUCCGGAAGCCUGGCAUGGGCGCCGGACGACGAGGUCGAGGCGGACGUCGUCCCGGAGCCGGUGGCCGGGGCGCAGCCGGUGGCGGAGAAGCGCAACACCUUGGACGUGGGCGAGGUGCUCAGCAAGAACGAUGCACUCUCAGACCUGGAGCGCUGGGAGCGCAGCAAGAGCAAGAACCGCACGCUGGACAACAGCGACCUGCAGCGGCUGGAGCGCGCGCGGGCCGCGGCUGCUGGCCCUGGGGCCGCCUCGGAGCACCGGCUGCUGCGUUUCUUCAGUGGCAUCUUCGCGCGCAGAGAUGGCGGGCCCUCACCCCGCAGCGGCGCCUUGCGCUCGCGGGGUUACUUCAGCCUGCGGCGGGCCCCGGCCGACACGCACUCGUCCAGCGCCGAGAGCAUCGAGGGGUCCCCGCGCAGAGAUGCUUUCGUGAACAGCCAGGAAUGGACACUCAGCCGAUCGGUCCCGGAGCUCAAAGUGGGAAUUGUGGGUAACCUGGCCAGUGGCAAGUCUGCGCUGGUGCACCGGUACCUGACAGGCACGUACGUGCAGGAGGAAUCUCCAGAAGGUGGCAGGUUCAAGAAGGAGAUUGUUGUUGAUGGACAGAGUUAUCUGCUGCUGAUUAGGGAUGAAGGGGGCCCCCCAGAGGCACAGUUUGCCAUGUGGGUGGACGCGGUCAUCUUUGUCUUCAGCUUGGAAGAUGAGAUCAGCUUCCAGACCGUCUACCAUUACUACAGCCGAAUGGCCAACUACAGGAACACCAGUGAGAUCCCACUAGUGCUGGUGGGGACCCAGGAUGCCAUAAGUUCCUCCAACCCGAGGGUCAUCGAUGACGUCAGGGCUCGGAAGCUCUCCAACGACCUGAAGCGGUGCACCUACUAUGAGACGUGUGCCACCUAUGGGCUCAACGUGGAGCGGGUCUUCCAGGACGUUGCCCAGAAGAUUGUUGCCACGAGGAAGAAGCAGCAGCUGUCCAUAGGCCCCUGCAAGUCCUUACCCAACUCUCCAAGCCACUCCUCUGUGUGUUCUGCCCAAGUGUCCGCGGUCCAUAUCAGCCAGACAAGUAACGGAGGUGGGAGUUUAAGUGACUACUCCUCAUCCGUUCCUUCCACCCCGAGCACCAGCCAGAAGGAGCUUCGGAUCGACGUCCCUCCCACUGCCAACACUCCAACGCCUGUCCGCAAGCAGUCCAAACGCAGGUCCAACCUAUUCACAUCUAGGAAAGGGAGCGACCCAGACAAAGAGAAGAAAGGCCUGGAGAGCCGCGCGGACAGCAUCGGGAGCGGGCGAGCCAUCCCAAUUAAACAGGGCAUGCUGCUGAAGCGGAGUGGCAAGUCACUGAACAAGGAGUGGAAGAAGAAGUACGUCACCCUGUGCGACAACGGCGUGCUGACCUACCACCCCAGCUUACACGAUUACAUGCAGAAUGUCCACGGCAAAGAGAUAGACCUCUUGAGAACCACUGUGAAGGUGCCGGGGAAGAGGCCACCCCGAGCCACGUCAGCCUGCGCCCCGAUCUCCAGUCCCAAAACCAACGGCCUGGCCAAGGACAUGAGCAGUUUACACAUCUCACCAAAUUCAGGGAAUGUCACUAGUGCGUCUGGGUCUCAGAUGGCAAGCGGCAUCAGCCUGGUCUCCUUCAACAGCCGACCCGAUGGCAUGCACCAGCGCUCCUACUCAGUCUCCAGUGCCGACCAGUGGAGUGACGCUACAGUCAUUGCAAACUCAGCCAUCAGCAGUGACACGGGGCUGGGUGACUCGGUGUGUUCCAGCCCAAGUAUCUCCAGCAGCACCAGCCCCAAGCUCGACCCACCCCCCUCCCCCCACGCCAACAGAAAGAAGCACCGGAGGAAGAAAAGUACCAGCAACUUCAAGGCUGAUGGGCUCUCGGGCACUGCUGAAGAGCAAGAGGAAAACUUGGAGUUUAUCAUUGUGUCCCUCACUGGCCAGACGUGGCACUUUGAAGCCACCACAUACGAGGAGCGAGACGCAUGGGUCCAAGCCAUCGAGAGCCAGAUCCUCGCCAGCCUACAGUCGUGCGAGAGCAGCAAGAAUAAGUCCCGACUAACCAGCCAGAGCGAAGCCAUGGCCCUGCAGUCCAUCCGUAACAUGAGAGGAAACUCACACUGCGUGGACUGUGACACACAAAACCCUAACUGGGCCAGUUUGAACUUGGGAGCCCUCAUGUGUAUCGAGUGCUCAGGCAUCCACCGGAAUCUCGGCACCCACCUCUCUCGGGUCAGAUCGCUAGACCUGGACGACUGGCCCAUGGAGCUGAUCAAGGUGAUGUCCUCCAUCGGGAAUGAGCUGGCCAACAGCGUGUGGGAAGAGGGCAGCCAGGGACGGACAAAGCCCUCACUGGACUCCACCAGGGAAGAAAAGGAAAGGUGGAUCCGGGCCAAGUAUGAGCAGAAACUCUUCCUGGCCCCACUGCCAUGCACGGAGUUCUCCCUGGGCCAGCAACUGCUACGUGCCACCGCCGAGGAGGACCUGCGGACUGUCAUCCUACUUCUGGCGCAUGGCUCCCGGGAUGAGGUGAACGAAACCUGUGGGGAAGGAGACGGCCGCACGGCGCUGCACCUAGCCUGUCGCAAGGGCAACGUGGUCCUGGCUCAGCUGCUGAUCUGGUACGGGGUGGACGUCAUGGCCCGAGACGCCCACGGGAACACAGCGCUGGCCUAUGCCCGGCAGGCCUCCAGCCAGGAGUGCAUCGACGUGCUUCUACAGUACGGCUGUCCCGACGAGCGCUUUGUGCUCAUGGCCACCCCUAACCUGUCCAGGAAAAACAACAGCAGGAACAACAGUAGCGGGAGGGCGCCCAGUGUCAUCUGAGCUCAGCCUGCAUCCGGGGAUCCCAGCCCCGCCUGCUCCGGAAGUUGCAACACCACGUGAGUCCCUCAGUUCUCUCCCUCUUCCUGGUGGACGCCUUCCACCCACCUGCCACUCACUCACCCCACGAAGUCUCCAGACUUGGACAUCCUCAAGGGGAGAAGAGGAAGCUGCAGGCCACAGAACGGAACUCUUUUCCCACCCUCCGGAAGCAACGUAGGAGGAACCGACCACCUCCUGGCUUUGAGGAUAGCACACGACAACAGGGAGACUCCUGUUCCAGUGGCCUGGAGACCGAGCAGGGGGAGGGGUAGCAAGAAGAAGGGACAGCGUCCCUAACUGGUGGUUAAGCACAUCAGUACAUUUCACCUCGACCGAAAGGAGGCUUGGAUUUCCCGUCUUCUCGGGGGAGCUCGACGGCAUAAAUCAGAAGCAAGCACAGUUUGUCAGGUCUGAAGCCCCUAUGAUGGUAGGUGUCAAAUCAGUUGUAGCUAAUCUGUCCAGGGAGAAUACCGGCUUCAUUACACUUGUAUAGUCGAGUUCCUCCAGCAUUACCGCUGUUUAAUAGAACGUGAUUAGUCAUCACCGGGAAGAAGGCAUAUUAGCCGAGGAGGUAGUUACGCGGCACGCUCCGGUGAUUGCCACAAUAUGAUUGCAGUGCGCCUAGCAGCAUCAUAUUAUCCCGGACGUGUCUCUCCAGCCCUCGGAGCUCUCCUUUCUAAAUUCACUGUCAUAAUUUAGUAUCUGUUUAAUUUUUCAGUCCAAAGAGAGGAAAUCAGUUGCCAGGUAUUAUUUGACUUCAGUCCUCUUCCUUGGUACAAAAACAAAAUGGGGGGAAAAAAAAGUAAAUAAAGAGUAACUUGGAAAUUCCAAAAGAAAUCAUGAAUUCAGCUGAAAACAGCUUUCACAUAUGUUCCAAAACUAAGGAAAUAAGUGAGGGUAUUUUUUUUCUAAGAGAUUUUUCUGUACUUUGGCCACAACGGAUGUGUCAGGCCUCGGCCACUCCCCGUCCACAAAGUCUGAAUUACCCAGGUUUCUGUCGUAGAUAAGAUGUGUGAAAAUCUAUUUGAAUAAAAGAAGUUCAUAAAUAUGCAUUGAUUUUUGCACAGACAAAUGGCACCCAUGCUAAUUUAUAAAUUGAGCUGGAUAGGAACUAAUAACGUGCAACUGGUUGAGAUCAGAGGGUUACAGAUCAUUGUCCAUGGGAAGUACUCCCAGCAGCGAACACUUCCAUUAAUGUGAUAAACAGCUUUUUAAAAGGUGCGUAUCAGAAUAAGACGGUGGCACAAUUUGCUUAUUAAAGUCAGGAAAGGAAGGGGGAGGGGAAGCAGGGUGUGAGCCCUCAUCCCAGAGGCCGGUUUUAGAACCAGGACCAUCUUCCCAACCAAACCGAGGGGCUGUGGCAAGAAGGGGCGAUUUCUCCAAACACCAGACCCACAAAGGCGCCCUGUGAGCAGCUGCUCGCCGCUGUGGCACAGCUGGCUCCUGAGUCUGUAGACUCCGUAGGGCCCGGCUCGUCUGGCUCUAACAUCCGAUUUGCCAUCAUAGGGCCCAGGGCAUCAGAUACUAGACACCUUCAGCACAGGGUCAGACAGGAACACCAACCCGUGACACUAUUUAGUUCUUACAAAACUAACUUGGGACAGCCUUGCCAGAGACACACACAGCCCUCCCCGUGACAGUGUGGCAGGGAGGAGGGCCAUCACACUGGAAGACAGGACGCUGGGCAAAGCCGCCACUGGCAUCCUGUGGAGACGCUCCUUACGCUUAUAUAUUUGAACUUUAUAUUUUGUAAGAGUUUUUCCUCCUCUUUAACUUUUUCAAAAAAAAAAAAAUUUAAAGUAGAUGGAGACAAAAGUCAGGCUUCACAGCAUGCGUCUGUGGGUGAGUGUCCUGUGGUGAUCUCCAGUCUCCACACAGCCGGAACUGACCAGUACCCAGAAACGUCACUGAUGCGCAAGCCUCGGUCUGAGGCCCCUGAGCUCGGCUCCAUAGGCCCUGCGUUUGGUUUUUCUCCCUGCUCUCCAUCACUGUGUCGUUACUUCAGUGUGAAUAGAGAAAACUAGCUGUCAUUGCCUAUUUUUGAAGAAUGCAUUAGCAUCCGACCCUGCGAUCCGCAUACGCCUCCACGUAGCCUUUACCAUAGACUUCUAUAGAGAACACAGAUAGAGUAUAAAUGAGAUUCUUAAAUUAUUUCAGUGUAGCUAAUUCCCACUAGGAAUGCUUCUAUCAUAGGGGAGCCUACUUCAGAAAGGAAACGGGGUCCUUUGUGAGGCCUCUCCUCGGGGUGUAUAUGAGUGUGUACAUAUUACUGUGUGUUUAUAAUAUGAUAUUUUCCCGAAUGGUUCCUUGUCUCACAUCACCCUCCGCUGCCUGAAUGUGCGGUCGCUCACCCUGGCUCCCUCCCUUCCCCCCUCUCUCCCUCCCUCCCUAGGUCGCUCCAACACCAUCAGUUCCCUCAGAACACGCGGCCCCUCCCCUGCCCAUUUUUUCCAUGCUGAACUAUCCAAGGAUAGCCCACUUUUCAUACACCUGAGUUUUGGCAACAGAUGCAAGGGUGGUGCGGAGCCUCCAAGGUUUUCUGUGCAAAUAAAGGAGAGACUUGGCUUGACUGUGCUUGUAGUGCACACCAGGUCCUUCCCUCAACAAAAGCCUUCCUGUUCCCACUUCCAUGCAGACACCAAGGCUGGGAGAAACAGGGACAGGGUCAUGCAUGGCAGCCCCAGUACCAAACCUUCCCUCUAAUGUGAAGAGCACGUCAGAAUAAGAUAGCCACUCGGUGGGCUUACUAAAAUCAGGAAAGGAAGUGUGAAAAGUCAGAAGCAGGUUAAGCAGAGGAAACAUGUUGGCGGAGACCAUGCUCCUGCCAGGUGCGAGGGCCGUGCAGCAAGCCUUCCUGUGCAGGGUGAGUCUCCUUUCUUGUUGAGAAGUUCCCCGCUGGGCUCAGCAGCAAGGGGGCCUGUGACUUGUCAUCACUUGUCCUGGGGAGGCAGUGAUAAAGCCAGGCACAUGUCAGGCUCUUGGGGCUACCUCUGCUGAGUUUCUUUUACCCUCCCCAGGCCGUGAACAGUGUCAGGGGAGGGAGGGAAGCCUCCUUGUUCUGAGGAAGCCCCUCCAGUGCUUUGUCUGGUUUCACAAAGAGCUAAGUAAGCACUGCUCUCCUACCAUCCCCAAGUGUCACUCAAGCCUAAAAUGAGCUUCCUCUCCUGCAACCUCGCACCCCUGCUGCCGGUUCAUCAAGCCUCCUUCUCCCUGCAGUUCCUACCAUGAGGCUGCUGGGGAGCAUGCGUGCGCACUCGAGCAUGCACGCACACACACACACACACACACACACACACUUGAGGGCAUACACACACUGUCAGUGCCCUGUUCCUGUUAACUUUGAGCAUCAUAGCACCUCAGACCUUGGACUUCACUGCCUCUAUCCCCUGAGAAGCUUGGCCAGAGGGUGAACCCCAGGGCACUCUAACAUCCUCCUCUGUCAAGACCCACAGUGAGUUUGUGUCUAAACUUGGUGAGCUAGAGACCUGCUGGCCCGGAGCCUGAUUUGUGCUCCUGGUUGCCAAGGCUUCUGCCCCUCCUCCUCGAAGUUGAUGCCCAUUUCAAGCCUGAAAUGGUCAGUGUCUGUCCCUCCUGGAGACACCCCACAACAGCACAGCUGGGAGCUGUGUCAUCCGGGCCUCCAAACUCCUGAGAGACUGACCUCUCUGAGAGGCAAGCCCUUGCCUCUUGGUGGGCUCUCAGCGUGUCUGUCUCCAUCCUUCACACCCUACAAGGUCUCGGAGGCUUUGCUAGAAAUCCCCCCAGGAUCAUAUUUAUGACUUUGAAGCAAACAAAUUAAAAAGCAGGAAGGAAUUGGAAGAAAUGUGACACGGGUGAUAAAAAUAUCACCCUUAUAACUCCUUAAAAAAAUAAAAUAAUGGAAUUUAUCCCCCACUGCUUCUGUUGUGAAGGGCACAGCUGGAGGCGAUUUCUCCCUUGUCACUCAUCAGCCUCCAGGGCCAUUGGUGCCCAAUGUGCCACCUUCUCUUCCACUGUCCCUUGGAUUCUAAAUGGCCCUACUCCUGCUAGGCCCUGGCUAGCACCACACCAAGUGUGUGCCUGGUACGCAGCAGGACCAAGUCAUAUUGGGUCUAAGAGAACCACAUGGCCCAGCUAUUCAUAACUGGCCUGUUUUGGGCCCUUCUCUUUAAAACAGCUGAGCUAGAUGGGUUUUUAGCCAAAAUGUCACAUUCCUUCCUGAGAAGUGGGAAAGGGAAGGGGAGGGGCCCGGCUGCUCUGCUGGUGCCAUUCAGCAAUCAACCUUGGGCUUUUAGUCCCAGCCCUGGAAGCAAGAAGCAGGAACAGCUAAUUAGAGAUUCCAGCGCCUGGCCUGGAGUCGGGGCUUAUCCCUCACUUCAUGGGGAAGGACACCAUCUGGGGCCUCAGUGUUUUAAGUCACAACAGUCUCCUCCCACUCAGAAGUCCUGGCCUGACAGGGCUCUUUCAGAUGCUGAGAGCCCGUUUAGUUUCUGUGCCUGCCGCUCUUUCAACAUUGGUGUGGACCCUGGGUCAGAGUUGAAGAGAGAGUUUCAUCUUGGGUAGUUCUAGACAACCAGCAAGCUUUGUAUGUUCUUACGUUUUAGCAGAUCCGGGUCAGGCGUGCUUCAGUGCCAGAAGCUCGAUGGUGACCUGCCCAAGGCAGUGCACACUGAGGGUCCACAGAGAAGUUGGCCUCCUGUCCCUCACCUCAAGGGGCCAGUUUUCCUAUAGAACAGUAUCUGGUUUGGGUUUGCUCCUGUCUGGUCAGAACAUUCUUGACUCAGGCCUUCCUCUUCCAUAGUGAGCCUCAGGUGGGUGUGAACACCCAGCACUGGCCGCCACUCUAGGGUCCAAGCAAGUGGCCUCAGGGAGUAAGAGAGAGGUCAGCUCAGGGCUUGUCUUUAGUUUGCUGGGCAUGUGGCAUCUGCUGGGGACCCCCCCAGGGGGUCGUGAAUCAAGCCAUAUGAUGGACUCUCCCGCCAAAGGGAGGACUGAUCUGGAAUUCUGUGUGCAGGGAAUGACAUAGCGUUUGUCUUGUUGCGGGUGAAAUGAAGGAACCAAGAGGUGUGAGUGGGUGGGGGAUGGGAUUAGGCCCCGAGGAGAGCCCCUUAACACACUGUUGCUGGGAACAACCGCUCUAGGAUCAUAUUGUACCCCAGUGUCUGGGUUCAGGACUGCAUCCACACUAGCCCACAUGUUAGAAGUGAUUGUCAGAUGCUUGCAAGAAAAAAAAACCCUCCUUAGCCUCCUGGGUGGCUCGUGUGGACUCACCAAGGGCUGGCCCCAAAACAGAAUGUUGUCAACAGCCCUCUGUCUACAGCUGAUGUGCUCAGAGGGUACCUGACCCGCCUGGCUCAUCAGGAUGGGCAGGGGAGGGACCAAGAGUGCUGUGCGAUGGAGCCAGCCCAAAUGUGGCUUCUAGUUCCUGUGCUUCCACUCACACUGCUCACCUAAACAAUCAAGUCCUGUAGUGUCCUUACCAGGGUGGUACUGAGGGGACCCAGGGCAGUCUAGUGGAGACCUGGCUAUUUUGUGACAGAGAGGCAAAAGAUAACCUUCAAAACAUCCUUGUGAUCAGAGGGGAAAGACACCUGUACCUUCCUGUUGGAAAUACCCUUUUCUUGUAUGUAAAACCAUCCCUUUCCUUCCCUACUUUGUGGGGCUUAGGGGGAGGGGUACUUUUGUUCUAAAAUGUACCAGCUUCUGAGAUGAGCCCUGAGCUCUAGGUGUUGAGCCCCAGGAAGGCACAGGAGCUGGCUGGCCCUUUACAACAGCCUGAGGCUGGACCUGCAGAAGACAGGGCCGGAGUAUCAUCUUUUCCCUCUUCCUUUCCUUCCCCCAGUUCCACCUUGAGUCGUCUUCUUCCUGCAGGAGCUUCUUUGCAAAGAGAAACCCCAGGCAAGGCAGGGCACCGCUGGCACGUUUCUGGGUAGGGGCGAGGAAGGCCACCUCACCUGCCUGGCACACAUAGAAGGCAGAAGCACAGUGAGGAGUUCUCCAGAGGUGGGUGGCCGAUCAGGGGCAUUGUGAUAUUACCUCAUUCCAUGACUUUAUGUUUCCCGAUGACUGAUGCUUUAUUUAUGCCGUUUGUCCUGUAAUUAAACCAUCCACAGACAUUUCGCUUUGCUUGUUCGUUCAUGCGACCUUGUUCGGGUUGAAAUAUGCUGGUUUGUAUUUUCCUGCCUUGGGAUUUUGUGUCAACUGUACAGUAUUCUAAGGGGAAAAGAAAAGGCGUGUAAAGUAAUGGAGAGAGGUGGCUAUAAUGUAGAGACCUCUUUCUAAUAAAGAAAAGAAAAUAUGUA